GAUACCAAAGACCAUUACUACUUCCUUACCUUCUGACGGAUAGCUGUGGAUUCAAGACAGAGAAUAAUGCAGAUUUCCGGGUGAUCAGCAAUGUGGCCAACUACCAGCCAAACACUGGUUUUAAGAGAUAUGCCAUUUACCAUUCCUGUGCAUUGUACAUUUCCAAGAUUGUUUCCUCCUAUAAAGUUGGCUUCUACCCUGAAGUGAAGGGAGUCACUGUUUUAAAAGAACUCUCACCAAAGAGCAGCUUCACCCUUACUCCUCAAGAUGCAUCUGGCAAUGACAUCACUGUCACCAAAUCUUUACUGUACCUUGGUCAGCAAAUGUACUUUGAGGCCAAGAAACCUGAGCAGGCUGCUGCACGCACUGGAGCGAUGAGGAUGUACAUCAACAAGUGCUUCAUGACUGCUUCCCAAGACUAUACCUCAACACCUAAAUAUACAGUCAUUGACAACUUUGGCUGCAUGAUUGAUAGCAAGGCGUCGCUGCAAUCAAAGUUCAUCACUGGUACUUCAAAGACGUCCCAGAAAUUCGGCAUGAGUGCCUUGAUCUUCAAGGACAAGGUUUCCACUUCAUCUGCAUCACAGGAAAUGUACAUGCACUGUCACAUCUCAAUGGGGGCUGUGACUCCAACUGCAAAGUCAAAGGCUUGCAACUAUGACAAAGCUACCAAGAAGUGGAAGGAGCUGUAUGACGAUGACUGUGUGCACCUGCUGUGAAACCACCUGCUCCUCUGCAAGUCCUAAGAAGACUACCAGGAAUAUGGUCUCCAGUCACUCUUGGAAGGUGGACCUGAACAAGAGGGACGGAAAGGUGGACGUUCACCCCCAGAUGAAGUUCUUGGAUGCUGACACUUUCACUUUGGAGGACCCCAACAAAGACUUCCUGCAGCACUGGAACAUGACUAUUAAAACAAAUAUGUGAUGUUAAAAUAAUCAGACUUUUAAA